AUAGGGUUGACAAAUCGAUACGAUUGUUCAAUAAUUAAAUGGAAGCAAAUGAUGUCUUUGGAUUAUCCUGUUUAAGUGCCAUAUUAACACGCAGUUUAAUGGUGAAUACAAAAGGAAUUGAAAUUUAAAAGCCGAGUACUUACUGGUAAAUGAACAUCGACGAAAAUCAAUGACACACCAAACUGUUCCCUUAUGUUGUUGUUACUUCUAUCAACAUUAGUUAUUUUUGUUCCUGAUACUAUUGAUGCGCAGUGCUCAUCGUUAUCAACCCUAUCAGCCAAUACAUAUGAAAAAGUCAUAGAGAAAUCAAAAGAAAGUAAUUUAGACUGUCAUUGGACAAUUGAAUCUCCGGACCAUGUUGAAAUAAACGUCACAAAGUGGUCAUUGGCACAGACAUGCGCAGAAGACAGCCUUCAGAUUUAUGAUGGACAUAAUACCAAUGGUCUCUUGCUGGCUCAACUUUGCAGCUAUGGCUCAAUCAAAAUUUUGGUCUCAGGUCGUCGAAAGGCGCAUGUGUGGUUCAAAACCGGAAGUACAAGCACCGGAACUGGAAUAACACUAACGUACAAAUCUUAUGGCCAACAUUUACCUUCUUGUAAACCUGGAUACGAAUGGCCUCAACGACGCUAUGUUAAAGCUGACGAAACACAUCAAGUUAUCACCUCUGAGAAUUAUCCUAACAACUACCCAAGAAAUGAUAAAGAGGAGUGGGUUAUUAUUAAGCCUAGUUCCUCCACACCUCUGGCUAUAGUUGUGGAGGAUAUGGAUAUAGAAGACACUCAUCAAUGUGGGUUUGAUUACCUCGCUGUAUAUGACGGGAAGUGUUCAGACGACAAAGAGAAAGCAAAGUUAUGUGACGAUAGAAAAGGAUCUAUGACCUUAACGGGAAACACAUAUUCCCUGAUCAGAUUCCAUUCUGAUACUGCUAGAGUAGGAAAAGGUUUCAAACUUCGUUUCUACUUGGGCACUGUUGAAGAAUCAAAAGGGGACUCCAGUGCACUACAUGCCAUUUUGAUUGGAUUGAUAGCUGCCUGUAUUGUUGUCAUCUUUUUACUUGCAUCAGCGAAAUUAUACAUGCGCUGUUUCAAGAAACCAAAGGUUCGUCCGAAUCAAGACAAUCUGCGUAACCGGAGAGCGGUGCUUGAGGCUCAAGUCCGAAGAGGUCCACUUGGAUCAAGACUAGCUAGAAUGAUGACUGCACAAUCUAUUCAUUCUGAAAUGACUCGAUACCUGAGCAAUAACACCGAGCACGAUAGCCGAGUCUCUACAUUUGAGAUUUCCACGUCACAGUCGUCAGGAACCGGUUUGGUUUAUGAAGAUGGAAUGUUCCAGCCGCCAUCGUAUAGUGCUCUUUUCCGCCAUUCGGAAGAACCAUCAGCACCCCCAGCAGACAAUAAUGCCCCACCCCCUUAUCCGGGUUCCCCAGAUAUGAAAUUUGAAGGUCAGGAUCAUAUUGUGAGUGUUGCUCAUGCGUCACCCAUUCACGAUAACAAUAAGGCCGGUGAUGGCUUGACAAACGUAGAGACGGUCCCUCCACCACCUUACAAUUCUACUAACUAAACCAUUCAAAUAGAUGGGUUUCUCACCAUAUGUCCAUAUUUGGAGAAUACAUAUAGAUACUAUAUCAUUUAAAACGACUAUCAAUACGUUUGUUUUGAUUCAUCGACAAACAUUGACCUAGUUCAAAAUCCUAUCUAUGUUCCAUAGAUGUUACUAAUCUUUCGAAAAUAAUUUCAAAAAUCAAAGUGUUAUUUUGAGAAAUACUUCUACUUAGACCAAAACAUUCAGAAAACAAUAAUGAUGGAUUUGCUAAAUACUGACUUGAAUUAUAAAAUGACUUUGUACAUAUUUCCGUCCAAAGAAUAUGUUAUUUUUAUACUUUAAUAGUUGAUAGAUCAAAGCAUGAUACACAGAGUUUGAAGAUAUAUUUUGAACUCUAGUAACCAUGUAAGAUAAGCAUAAUUCGAUUGAACUCUUCGUGUAAUGAUCUCAUAAGAAGUAACGAUAUUCUCCUGUCCUCAUUUUAUUGACAGCUGUUCUAUCGAGAAUCAGAUAGAUGCUGUCUUUACCAUUCAUUGAAUGUGUUUGAUCCAUGUUGAAUGUCCCAAAACAACAAAAUUCUAUUCCUUUGAUUUUGGCUCUCACAUCUGCGCGUAGUGAUUUUGUGUCAUGAAUAAUAACCAUUUAAUACUUCCUGUUUCGUUCAAUAGAAAAUCUGUCAAUUAUUUAUUCAAAAAACAUUUUGCUUUUAGAGACUCUCUAAUCGAUGAAACGAAUCAACUAAAAGUACAUCAACAGCUGAUUAGUAAUGUCAGAGAUGAGAAACCUUUCAUUGGUAUUUUUAAACGCGGUAUGUGUACUUUCGAUAUCAGUCCUAUUCAGAUAAAGGUCUUUUAUCAUAAGUGUAUAUUUGCCAUUGAAUAGGGGUCAAUCGUUGACUCACCAUUAGGGCACACUGUUUUUUGUCCUCUGAAAAUUUUUUUUUAUUUCAAAAGUUUUUUGAUUAAAAAUUUUCAAUACAUAACAAGAACUUUAAACCAUAAGUACAUUUUUCACUGUGCGUUUACCAACGAAAUGAAGCAAUAAAUGAAGGCAAGAAGUGAUUUAUUUAUGAAUUAAGAUGUUUAAUUAAAACUCUUUUUCCAUUCAUUUUGUAUCACGUAUUUAAAAAAACAAUUGAAAAGCAGAAUCACAAUUUCAAUAAUAGAAUUUGAAUGGAGGAUGCAGGUGUCAGAUUUCAAUAUCAUAGGGAUCAAAGGUCAUAGUUAAAGUUAGAGUGCAAUGACUUUGGUAUAUGACACAUCCCCAGCCCAAGAUUUAACUGCAAGUUUGGUUAAUCUAAGUUUAACGGAACAAAAGUUAUGAACCGGACACGAAUUAAACGAGGAUUUACUUUAAUAAGGGUCAAAGUCAAGGUCAUAGUGACCUGAUUAUUGUAUAUGAUAAACCCCCAGUCCAUGAUACAUCUACAUAAUCAAGAAUCAUCAAUUCCAGGUCAAUGGUUCAAAAGUUAUACACUCGACACGAAGACACGAAGCAGGACGGACGGACGGACAGACAGAGACACGGAUAGACGGAUAUGGUAUUUCUUAUAUACCCUUCAAACUUUGUUUGCAGAGGGGGGAGGUAUCAAAAGAAAACGUAUGUGUUUCUUUAAACUAACAUGACGAACAAAAACUAAAAAACUAAAAUGCUAUUAUGCCUUCAUUGUGCCUUCAUCAUUUUAUUUUAAUAUAGGUACUUGAGAAAUGUCCUAAUAUGUGUAGCCAUAUAAUUUUUGAAUGUGAACAAACAAAAGUCAUUUAUGGCCAUGCAUUAUAUUUUUACAAACACAAUUAAAUCUCUCAUUUUGUGCUAUAGUUUGUUUUCAACUACUUAUUUAUUAUAUUGUUAUCUUUUGUAAUAACAGACUUGACAUGAAAACAUGAUGAAACAAAUCCACUCUCUUUUAUGUUGUCCUGUAAUAAAAUAUCCAUAAGUUUAUAUGAUAUUGGACAGAGUAUUUUUGAUACUCUGUUAUAAAUAUGAUUCUUGUUGUUUUUGUACUCUGUAAUAUCUUUACGUUUAGUCAAUUAAAGGGUAAUUUUUA